AUGGGAGGUAGUCGUAAAACCACUUUGGCCAAAGAGCUCUUCAAUAGAAUCUUUUCGUCCUUCGACAGAUGUAGUUUUGUUUCUGACGUGCGAGAUGCAGCAUGCAGAAAGCUUCUUAAAGACCUCGGUGCUGAUCAUCUGUCAUUCGACAGUGUAGAUGAAGGACUUGACAGCUCACAUGCCAGGCAGCUAUUCUGCUGGCAUGCUUUCAUGCAACCCUGUCCACCCGCUGAAUUGGAAACUCUGGUUGAAGAGUUCUUGAAGGCUUGCAAUGGUUUGCCUCUGUCACUGAAGCUAUUGGGGGCACAGUUAUACGGCAGAAAGUCCAAAGUUUACUGGGAAUCCCAGUUAGAUAAAAUCUCAAGAAUUUUGCCUGGCGAUAUCAGAAAAAGGCUACAUGUUAGUUACGAUGUUUUAGAUGAAGAAGAAAAAGAGAUGUUCUUGGAUGUUGAAAGAAAUAUAAAAUUCGAAAACAAAUAA